AUGAGUAGUCCUGAAGAUAUCCGUGCAAAAAGGGUUGCCAGAUUGGGCUUACUUUCACAGCGAUCAGCAAAGCCGGAACAGUCCCAAAAUCAUGAAGAAUCAAAGGAUCCUGGUCAUCAAGCGAGUACGAGGAACAAGGAUUCCAAGUUGGAUUCGGUUCAUCAUUCCCCGGCACCCGAGUUGCACACGACUAAACCUGAGAAGAGGACGCGCAAAUUGAGGAAGCAAGAGGAUAUUAACGAGUGGACCAACAACCAGUUAGAGCGGAUUUUAGAUGCUACGUUGUCGUCUUCUAAGGCAACUAGUGAUAAGGUGUUUCAGUUGAUAGGUGUCAUCGAUGGGGAUAGCAAAUCCACCAACAAGCUCAAUUAUGAUCUGAUUGAUCCUGCAUUACUUGAGAUACUUACAGAGCAGGGCGUUGGCAGGUAUUUUGAGUCUCCAAUGGAGUAUCUAUAUAGUACAUGGGAGAAAGCUGAUAGUUCUAAGAGAAUAAUUAGAUCGGACGAUCCGUUGGCUUCACAGAAGUUGAAGGUGAUCAAUGAAGUACUCAGAUUGACGUCAAGUUAUGCCUCUAUCAUGUUUCAAGUGCCUGACAUGUUUGUUGACGAGAUUGAUUUGAGCAAGGUCAUUGAAAGUAUCUGGAGAGAUGUCAAUCAGCACGAGGUGUUUCUUAUGGAUAUCAUCGUGCGUGCAGUAGAGAACGAUUCUACUCUCGACUUACUAAAUGCCACUAUUCCUGAAUUGACGGACAAAUUGGAGACAUUGGAGCAGAAUGGCAACAUUGAUUACCUCAAGAUCUUGACGGUGAUUCAGAUCUUCUUAAGUAAUAAAGCUGUCGCCUCGGUGUUCCAUCAAGUAGAUGGUUAUCAUCCGAAGGGCUUGAAAGGUGUCGAAUUCGAGUCUAAGACGAUCUUGGGCCGAAUCCUAAGAAUUUCACCCUUGCUUCCUGCCGUGGCUGCUUCUAACUAUCCCGGUUCUCUAAGUAAAACACAGAUUGUGAAGACCCAUGAAUCGUUGCAGACAGAGCAUUCGUUACUAGUGUCGCGUCUUUUCAGCGUGUGCGAUCGGUUAGUUAGAGCAGGAGGGGAAGCUCGUCAGGAGUUUCUCGCUUGGAUGGCUGAUGUUGUUAAUACUAACCAUUUGAGGAGGGGUGAGCAUGCUGAUCCGGAGAAAGUUGCUUCGGAUUCAUUGAUGUUGAACUUAACGUUGAUCUUAAUCAAGUUUGCUCAACCAUUUUUAGGUACGGGUAAUCUUGGACGGAUUAAUAAAAUUACCCAAGAUUUUUUGAUCCAUAGCAAUAAAUUGAUCGAUCUUAGUGAUGAGACUAAGAUUAAUGCGACAAUUGGAGAGUACAACGAAUACUAUACUGAGGAUAAGAUGACAGAAGUUCCUCUCAAUUUCGUUUCUGAAUGUUUCUACCUCUUACUUACCUAUCUUCAUUAUGGUCUUGGGGGAUUGUUUGUCAGUGCUGAUAGGUUGAAUAAUUAUGUCAAGCAGUUAUCUCAGCAGUUGAAAAAGUUCGAUGACAUGAUGCAACAGAGUAAUAGCAAUGCCAGCAAUCCGCUAGUAAAAAUGUUAUACGAUACCAAAAUUAAACCGUUGAGGAGACAGAUGGAGACACUUAAGGCACGCAAGUUGUCCAUCGAGAUGUUUUUCUAUAACAGAAACAUGCAAUUGGAGGUGUUUGAAAUUAUUAUCGGAUGCAUUACGUUCUUUAUGAGACUCAUGGAUCCUGAAAACAAGUAUCCAGAGGUGCCACUGAAAGUUCCAUUCCAUGAUUAUGACGAUAAUACUGCUAACAUGGAAGACAUCGAAUACACGAGGAAGUUUGCUCCGAUUCCUUUUAGAUUUUUUCCAGAGAUUUUCAUUGAAGGUAUUAUCAAUUAUUGUCAUUAUGUGUCUAGGUUCAACAACAAUCCGAUGUUUCAUAAUGAGGGCCAGUUGGAUAAGUUGGUAGAGUUUGCUGUGGUUAUAUUACGAUGUCCCGAAUUGGUGAGUAAUCCUCACUUGAAGGCAAGAUUAACUGAAGUUUUAUUCUUUGGAUCAUUACCGCUGCAAAAUGGAAGAGAUGGUUAUAUGGUGGACGUCUUCAACAACAACGAGAUCGUGAAGAAAAAUUUGAUGGUAGCACUAUUGGAUUUCUAUGUGAUGGUGGAGAAAACAGGCGCCUCGUCACAGUUCUAUGAUAAGUUCAACUCGCGGUACCAUAUCUCGUUUAUUCUUGAAAAGUUGUGGAAGUUCGAUUACUUCAAAAGAGACUUGAAGAGAAUCUCAGAGAAGAUGCCAAAGCUUUUCAUCAGAUUAAUUGCAAGGAUGUUGAACGAUACAACCUAUCUCUUGGAUGAAUCUUUGAACCAUUUGCAUACUAUUGGUGCUUGCCAAAGGGAAAUUGAGGAUAGGGAAAGAAAUAAACCUCCUGCAAUGGAAGAAUCAGACGAGGAACUCAAGAAGAAAUUGGAAGAAAGCGAGCGAAUGGCCAAAUCGUUUGUUCAACUUUCAAACAAGACGGUGUUAUUGUUUGAUUUGUUUACAGAAGAGACACCACAGUCUUUCGCCAUUGUAGAAAUUGUGGACCGAUUAGCAGGUAUGUUGGAUUACAAUCUGGUAGCUUUAGUGGGACCUAAAUAUAACGAACUCAAAGUUAAAAACCCGGAGACUUUCAAGUUCAAUCCUGGUGAGCUUCUAUUUCAGCUUUGUUCCAUAUUCAUCAACUUAGCUCUGAAGCAGGAAUUUGUGGAUGCAGUGGCACGUGAUGAGAGGUCUUUCAGGCCGAAAUGCUUUAAAAAGGCAAUAGAAAUCCUAUACAAGUUGGGAAAGGUACCAAAUAAGGAAUUUGAGGAUAAGUUAACAGUCUUUGUGAGAAGAGCACAAGAGAAGAAGAGAGAGGAAGAGGAGGAAGAAUUGGAGCUGGGAGAUGUUCCAGAUGAGUUCUUGGAUCCAUUGAUGUACACGCUGAUGAAGGACCCUGUGAAAUUACCUCAUUCGAAAGUUUCAAUGGACCGUUCGGUAUUAAAGGCCCAUUUAAUGAACGAUCCUACAGAUCCGUUCAACAGAACUCCUUUGAAGAUCGAGGAAGUGUACGAAGACGUUGAAUUACGGAAUAAGAUUCAGGCCUGGAUUAAAAAGAGGAAGGCAGAUAUAAGAAAGGAGAAGCAGGAGAAGAUUCUCAGCCAAACAGGAAAAGAUGUCGAUGGUGACGUGGAUAUGAAAUAG